AUGCCAAGGCGAUAUAGAGCUAGUGUGGACAGGCGUGGAUGCUGGCAGUUCUUCCUUCAGUGCCGACACAGUGGGGUGUGCUCACUUUGCCUUGCAUCAGAGGUGGAACCCUGCCACCAGUCAGAGCGGUGCUACAACAGGAUGUUUGCAGGCGUCUACGGCGUCGACAUGCACGAUGGCAAGCAAGCGCACCGUUCAGAGGCCUCCACCAGACUUCUCGAGCCCGCUGCAGUCAGCAAGCAAAAGAUCCGAGGUCCCUUCCCUAGAAGCACAUCGGGAGUCUGUUUGAUGCCAAGGCGAGAUAAUGGUGACCGCAGGGCUCAUGCCAGCCGGCGCUUGACUGCUUUGCUCCGAGGACACCGCCUUCUCAGAAGCACUGCCGGCCUGCAGGAGGCAGACUUCGGCUAG